AUGCGCCUGAGGCGCUGCUGGUGGCUUCGAACCAGGCCCCCACGGAGCCUCGUCGCGCCUACAGCAGCAGCAGCAGCAGCAGCAGCAGCAGCAGCAGCAGCAGCAGCAGCAGCAAGGUCACCAAAGAACGCAGCUUCGCCGUCCUUAGCAGACGGCCAACAGCCGAGCUCUCUCGGGCCUUACCUAGAAGAGGCAGCAGCAGCGGAUCCAGCAGCAGGGGCUCCAGCAGCAGGAGCAGCUGCUGCUGCUGCUCCUACAGCAGGUUCAGUUGAAGCAACAGCAGCUGCAGCUGCAGCUGCAGCUGCAGCUGAGGCCUCGCUGACUCUGGACUUCGUAGGCGCCCUCCAUUGGGGCUGGAACUUUGCCACUGACUGCCUCCUCAUCUCACGGGGUGGAAGCUGGUGUUUCGUUUUGAGACAAACAGAAGGAGGAGUUUCGGUAUACCAGCCCUCCUUAGCGCCAACGCGUGCUGUUCCUGCUGCAGCUGCUGCUGCUGCUGCCGCCCCACUAAGCAGGCCAGCUGCUGCCGCACGGGGAGCAGGCUCUGCCGUUCCCUUCGUCGGCGCCGCAGAUUCAGCAGCAAGUGCUGCUGCUGGUGGCGUGGCUGCUGCGGCUUUUCAGCAGCAGCAGCCAAGGGUCUUCCAUUCCACACCGCAGCCUUCUUUGAACAUGACCAGCAGCAGCAGCAGCAGCAGCAGCCGCGGCGGAGGCGGCGGUGUCUUACCGCUGGUAGCCGUGCUGCGUCAACAUGACGACUACAUGUUGCUCCCUCCGCAGCAGCACGGGCACCGCCAGCAACAGCAGCAGCAGCAGCAGCAGCAGCAGCAGCAGCAGCAGCAAGAACUGCCGCUGCUGCCAGCGCUCGCUGUGUCUGAACACAACUACGAGCAGGCGCUGUGGCUGCGAGCCCCUCCGCAGCUGUCCGUACAGUCGGGCUGCAUCGCCUUCCCUUACUGGGCGCCUGCGGAGGCACCCCAAGUGAGCCCCUGCAGCAGCACUUUGCAGCAGCAGCAGCAACAGCACCAGCAGCAACAGCAGCAACAGCAGCAACAGCAGCAGACGCAGACGCAGUUUCACUACCAGAAUCUGCUACAGCAGCUGCAGCAGCUGCAGCCAUGCCGGAGUGGUGACGCUCCCAGUGCAGCUACACUUGCCGCUGUGGCCACAGCGGCAGCAGCAGCAGCAGCAGCAGCAGCAGCAAUUGACUUUGUUGCUCUUACAAGAUGUGGGCGGUCGCUGAAGCUGAUGGCCCCGGAGACUCUUGAUGUGCUUCCGACGGCAGUUCGGGUUGCCCGCCGUAGAAUGGCACAGCAGCAGCAGCAGCAGCGACAGCAGCAGCAGCAACACCAUGAGCAGCAGGAUGAUCAGCAGCAGCAGCCGCAGCAGAAGCGGCAGCGGCAGGAACAGCAGCAGCAGCAGCAGCUCCAGUGGCGAGCAGGGACAGGCCUGUCCCUGCCAGCAGCAGAAAACGGCUACAUACUUCUUUCUUCACCAGAAUAUAUUGUUGCACUUCCCAGGUUUUUUCUAGGGACUUAUGAGACGUGGCCGUUUAGUGAAGAGCAGAGCCCGCACAGCAGCAGCAGCAACAGCAGACGCAGCAGCAGCAGCAGCAGCGGGAGUGAUGACAGCGAACACGACAGCAGCAGCGCUGUAGUCUCACCCCCUGAAGCGGCUGGGCGCGGAAGCGUUCAAGUAGAAAGCCGCAGAGGCAGCAGCAGCAGCCGGGAGAGCAGCGGCAGCAACAGGAGCAGCAGCAGCAGCAGUGACGAAAGUGAUGAAGACGUCCGUGGGGAUGACCCGGAACUGCGUGUUCCGCAGGGCCGUUUGUGGUGCGUAGACGCUCCCAGCAGACGCAACAGACGCAGCAGCAGCAGCAGCAGCAGCAGCAGCGAUAACAGGGCCACCAGGAGCAGCCGCUGCAGCAGCUGCUGCUGCUGCACCGGGCGUGAGCAGCCAGGCGCAGCAGAGGGGGGCCCCCAGGAACUGCUGCAGGGUCCUGUCCUCCGCGUGGGGCCCCCUCGAAGAAUAGCCACUGGGGAAGUUGGAGUCACAGCUGGCUGUCUCUCUGGCCCCUGGGUUUGCUUCGGGCUUGAAGACUCCCUUACCAUCCACUGCUUCUGUCUGCUGAAGAGAGCCUGGGGGCAGGCCGCGCUCCCGCUGCAGCAGCAAAGACUCCAGUGGCAGCAGAAGCACAAGCGUUUGCUGCGGCUGGGGAAGCUGGCAGCUGUAGCCCGCUGCACCGAGGGAGCAGCAGCAGCAGCAAAAGCAGCAGCAGCGCCAGCAGCAGCAGCCGGUCAUUUCCAGCAGGGAGCAGCAGCUCCCAACUGGUGGCACAGCGCCGAGAGCAGCAGCAAAGUGGGCGUGGCGGCGGCUGCAGAUUUGCCUCUCGUCAGCGAUGUCCACGCCCAGCUCUUCGACUUGAGGACAGGCAGGAAAAUACCUCUUAAAGAAAAAUACCAGGCCUUAGUUGCAGAUGGCAGCGGUUCCCGCCUCGUGGGAGUGACUUCCAAGCACGAACGCGUUCAGGUGCUUAACACGGCCCUCCGGAAGCUGGGGCUGCCAAGAGCAAUGACAGGCGGCGCAUUGCAGCGCCAACAGAAACAGCUGCUGGAACAACAGCAGCAGCAAAGUCAAGCGUGGUGGACGUCAUUUCAGGUUUUUGCUUUGAGCGGCACAGUGCUGCUGCAGGCGAGGUCGGUGCCUUAUUUCGAUCCUUCAAUUGAGCUGCUAGCAGGAGCAGCAGCACCAUAG